CUUCUCAAAAUCUAUAUAUAGAGAGAAACAGAGAGAGCGUGAAACAAACGAAAACCACAAAGUUCAACCAAGCUAAGCUUGGCUUGCUUCAAUUUCUCUUCUCUCCCUUCAAAUUUUAUUUUCUUAUCCUCUUUCUACUCUGAAAUGGUUGCUCCCUUGUCUUCUUGGCCUUGGAACAACCUCGGAGUCUACAAGUAUCUAUUAUAUGGUCCUCUUGUAGCAAAGGUGAUAUAUUCGAAGUCAUGGGAGGAGAGUGGGAGAGACUCAUGGUGCCUUCAUAUUCUCAUCCUCUGUGCUCUCAGAGGGUUAACCCAUCAAUUAUGGACCUCGUUCGGCUACAUGCUCUUUCUCGUCCGACGCCGUCGAGUUAUUAAAGACGGGGUCGAUUACGAACAGAUCGAUAAAGAGUGGGAUUGGGACAAUUUCUUGAUUCUUCAAGCUUUCAUGGCAGCGUUGGCUUGUUACAUGAUACCAAAUUCGAGAGGCUUGCCUAUAUGGGACUUCAGGGGACCGCCUAUAGUAAUGAUCCUCCAUGUGCUUGUCUCAGAACCUCUCUUCUACUGGGCCCACAGAUUCAUUCAUGGAUCGGGUUAUUUAUUUCAAAAUUACCAUUCUAUUCACCACUCGUCCAGAGUCCCCAUGGGAUUCACUGCCGGAUUCGCCACACCUUUGGAGCACAUGGUGACGGGUGUGAUAAUGGGCGUGCCGAUUCUUGGGUCUCUUUCGUUUGGAGCUGGCUCGGUUGGGCUUGUGUACGGCUACGUGCUCUUGUUUGAUUUCUUGAGGUGCAUGGGACACUCUAAUGUGGAGGUGUUCCCCUAUAGAAUCUUUGAGGCGCUUCCGAUUCUAAGAUAUCUCAUAUACACACCCGCGUACCAUGCCCUUCACCACACGGAGAAAAACUCCAACUUCUGCCUUUUUAUGCCUCUAUUUGAUGCGCUUGGGGGAACAAUCAAUAAGAAGUCAUGGGAGUUUCAAAAGGAAACUAGCAAAGGAUAUGAUGAAGUUCCUGAUUUCGUAUUCCUGGCUCACAUAGUAGACGUGUCUCAUUCCUUCCACUGUACAUUCAUUUUCCGAAACUUUGCUUCCAUCCCAUUCUCAAACCGGCUAUUUUGCUUCAUCCUUUGGCCAAUUGCAUUCACAGUCAUGCUCAUGAUCUGGGCUUGGUCCAAGACCUUCGUCCUCGCCUUCUACAAAUUGCGAGGGAAAUUGCACCAGAUAUGGCUAGUUCCUCGAUAUGGUUUUCAUUACUUCUUGCCUUUUGCUACGGAUGGUAUUAACAAGCAGAUUGAGCUGGGUAUCUUGAGGGCAAAUAAGAUGGGGGUCAAGGUGAUCAGCCUUGCUGCAUUGAAUAAGAACGAAGCACUCAACGGUGGUGGAACUCUCUUCGUCAACAAGCACCCUGAUCUAAAGGUGCGGGUUGUGCACGGAAACACCUUAACAGCUGCAGUUAUACUCAAUGAAAUCCCCAAGGAUGUGAAAGAGGUUUUCUUAUCGGGAGCCACAUCGAAACUUGGAAGAGUUAUUGCAUUAUAUCUGUGCCGAAAGAAAAUUCGAGUCAUGAUGUUAACACUAUCGACGGAAAGAUUUCAGAAAAUACAGAAGGAAGCACCAGCUGAUUGCCAACAAUACUUGGUUCAAGUUACAAAGUAUCAAGCAGCACAAAAUUGCAAGACUUGGAUUGUGGGCAAGUGGAUAACCCCUAGAGAGCAAUAUUGGGCACCCCCUGGAACUCACUUCCACCAGUUUGUCGUGCCUCCAAUCAUUGGCUUUCGAAGGGAUUGCACUUACGGGAAGUUGGCUGCAAUGAAACUACCUGAAGAUGUUCAAGGGCUAGGAAUGUGCGAGUAUACGUUGGACCGUGGUGUGGUUCAUGCGUGUCAUGCUGGCGGCGUGGUCCAUUUCUUGGAGGGGUGGAGCCAUCACGAGGUGGGCGCGAUCGACGUAGACAAAAUUGAUGUCGUAUGGAAGGCAGCAAUGAAGCAUGGACUAAAACCUGUGAAAUGAAUGGAAUUUUAGCAAAUCGACACUUCUUCUAAGACUUGUUUUCCUCCCUUGUUUUUCUAUUUUUCUUUUCUUAAAGUGUAACAAAAGAAUGAAGGGUUAUUGGUGUUUUUAUGAUGAAUUAACUGUUUUACGGUUUGUAUCUUUCACCAUUUUCUUCAACGUAACAAAGAAUUGUUGUCAUUGGCAUUUUUAGGA